UCUGCCCGGGUUGCUCCCAGCCCUAGGGUGCCGCCCGGACGAGGGCCGGGGAGCAGGGCAGUGCUUCCUGUCCCCCCUCCCGGCUCUCCUGCCGCGUUCCUCUGAGUAGACGCACUGGAAAAGUUAAGCCGCCCCACGGGCCGGCCGUGCAGGUGAGGGUCGGCAAAGUUUGGCUCGAAGAGGAAGUGGCCUCAAGCCCCGGCAGGUGGCGGCCAAGCCUGAACCCCGGCGCUCGCGGCCUGCGGGCGAGCUGUAGGCGAGGGCGCGCCCCGGAAUUCGGCCUCGAGCCGAUUCCCGGGGCUUCGGGAGCCGGCUUCGAGAGGCGGCUUUCAGUGGGAACGCGGCGGCAGCCCGGAAGACAACUCCGAAGUUGGCGAGAGUCACCGCCCCUGCUCUCGGGCCAUCGCCGCCUCCCCGCCCCCAGCCCUGGCAUCCCGAACAAGGGUCAAGGAGCCCGGGCCAUGGAGCCCCCUCGGGAAGGCGUCACUGAGGGGCCUGGACGCUCGGAGCGGCGCUGUCUCCGCACUGGGUAGACAACAGAGGCUUUGGAACUCUUUCUGCUGCUCCGGGCGGCUCAGGAUGCCGCCGGCCGUCCUCCUCUUCCUCCUCCUCGGAGGCGCGCUGGCACAUCCAGACCGGAUAAUUUUCCCAAAUCCUGCUUGUGUGGACCCCCCAGCAGUGCUUUUGGAAGUACAGGGUAUCUUACAAAGGCCCCUGGGCCGGGACAGCCGAAGCUCCCCUGCGUACUGCACCUGGCUCAUCCUUGGCAGCAAGGAUCAGACUGUAACAGUCAGGUUCCAAAAACUGCACCUGGCCUGUGGCUCAGAGCGCUUAAUUCUACGCUCCCCUCUCCAGCCACAGAUCUCUCUGUGCGAGGCUCCUGCCAGCCCUCUGCAGCUACCUGGGGGCAACGUCACCAUUACCUACAGCUAUGCUGGGGCCAGAGCACCUAUGGGCCAGGGCUUUCUACUCUCCUACAGCCAAGAUUGGCUGAUAUGCCUGCAGGAAGAGUUCCAGUGCCUGAACCACCGCUGUGUGCCCUUGGCCCAGCACUGCGACGGGGUCGAUACCUGUGGAGAUGGCUCAGAUGAGGCAGGUUGCAGUUCCGAUCCCUUCCCUGACAUGACCCCAGCCUCUCUCCCCACCCUACCCUGCAAUCACACCUUGGAAGAGUUCUAUGGGGUCUUCUCCUCCCCUGGCUACUCACACCUGGCCUCAGUCUCCCAUCCCCAGUACUGCCUCUGGCUGCUGGACCCCCACGAUGGCCGGCGCCUGGCAGUGCGCUUCACAGCCCUGGAUCUGGGCUAUGAUGAUUCAGUGCAUGUGUAUGAUGGCCCUGGGCCCCCCGAGAUCUCCCGGCGGCUGCGCAGGCUCACCCACUUCAACAAUGGCAAGGCUGUCACCGUGGAGACACUGUCUGGCCAGGCCGUCGUGGCCUACCACACAGUUCCUUGGAGCAAUGGUCGGGGCUUCAACGCCACCUACCACGUGCAGGGCUACUGCUUGCCUUGGGACCAACCCUGCGGCUUAGGCUCUGGCCUGGGGGCCAGUGAGGGCCUAGGUGAGCGCUGCUACAGUGAGGCACAGCGCUGUGACGGCUCAUGGGACUGUGCCGAUGGCACAGAUGAGGAGAACUGCCCCAGCUGCCCACCUGGACACUAUCCCUGUGGGCCUGCUGGCACCCCUGGUGCCACAGCCUGCUACCUGCCUGCUGACCGCUGUAACUACCAGACCUUCUGUGCUGAUGGAGCAGAUGAGAGACGGUGCCGGCACUGCCAGCCUGGCAACUUCCGAUGCCGGGAUGAGAAGUGCGUGUAUGAGACGUGGGUGUGCGACGGGCAGCCAGACUGCGCCGACGGCAGUGACGAGUGGGACUGCUCCUAUGCCCUGCCCCGCAAGGUCAUUACAGCUGCGGUCAUUGGCAGCCUUGUGUGCGGCUUGCUACUGGUCAUUGCUCUGGGCUGCACCUGCAAGCUCUAUGCCAUUCGCACCCAGGAGUACAGCAUCUUUGCCCCCCUCUCCCGAAUGGAGGCUGAGAUUGUGCAGCAGCAGGCACCUCCCUCCUAUGGGCAGCUCAUUGCCCAGGGCGCCAUCCCACCUGUGGAGGACUUCCCUACAGAGAACCCUAAUGAUAACUCAGUGCUGGGCAACCUGCGUUCUCUGCUACAGAUCUUGCGCCAAGAUAUGACUCCAGGGGGUGCCUCAGGUACCCGCCGCCGCCAUCGGAGCCGCUGUGUGCGCCGCCUGGUGCGCCGUCUCCGCCGCUGGGGCCUUCUUCCUCGAACCAGUACCCCAGCCCGAACCCCUGAGACCAGACCCCAGGUCGUCACACCUUCUGAUGCUCCCCUUGAAGCCCUAGAUGGAAGCACAGGUCUGGCCCGUGAGGUUGGGGCAGUAGGUGGGCAUGAUGGGGAACAGGCACCCCCCCUGCCUGCCAAGGCUCCCCUCCCAUCUGCCAGUGUACCUCCAGCUGUCCCUACUGUCCCAGAGGCCCCAGGGCCACUGCCCUCAGUGCCCGUAGAACCAUCACUGCUGUCUGGAGUGGUGCAGGCCCUGCGAGGCCGCCUCCUGCCCAGCCUUCGGCCCCCAGGACCAACCCAGCCCCCAGGACCAACCCGAACCCCACCUGAACCCCACACGAUAGUCCUGUCCCCAGAGGAUGAGGACGACGUGCUGCUGGUGCCACUGGCUGAGCCAGGGCUCUGGGUAAUUGAAGCAGAGGAUGAGCCACUGCUUGCCUGAGGUGGCCUGGCUACCCUGAGAGCUCUAGUCACAGUGACAGCAGCCCUUUAGAAAGCAGCUCAGCUUCUCUUCCACUACUGCCCUCCCAUACCCUCAGUCUAAGGGGACUUGGUGAGCCUCCCUCUGGCCCUGUACAGCUGCUGUUAAGUCAGGUGUCCCUCAGGCAGAGAGGUCUCACACACAGCUCCCUCUGCACCUGUCCGCCACCACCCUGUUUUCACACCACCACCAUUUGGAUGGCUCUUUUCAAAAAGUAAAGUUCUAAAGAGGGCAUAGGCCUGAACACUCCAUCCUUUCCAAUCCCCCACCCAAAAGUGGCCUUAAGCACCAGAAUGCAAAUUGGCUGGAGACCUCCAGCCCACAAGGGGAGGAUUUAGGCAGGGCCUGAGGUUGGCACUGUGAUCCUUCCUAUGGGGCCUGGUUUGAAAAAGAAAACAAAUGCUCUGUCCCAGAGCUAGGUAAUUGCCCAGAAAUCAAGACUGAAAAUAAAGGAAUCCGAAAUUUAA